AAGGGCGAUUCCCUUUGUAAUUACAUGAGCUGUUGGGAUUUUAUUGGUGAUCAUAACCGUGGCUUAGGUUUAACGUUUUGAUUCCCUGUGUACUGUGUAUGGUUCAUCUUCAUCCUCAGUUCACGAACGAAAUUAGAACAAUAACAUAAAAGUCGGAAACCGAUCGAUCGUGAUUUUUGAAAACGAUGAAAAAGGAAUUCGCCGUCCCGCCUGUGAACUUUCCCUCUGGGGGCAACCCAUCUGCCACCAGCAACAUCAACCAACGCCGAGUACCAACGGCACCGUUUCAACCCAACCGUCCUGCCACCUCUUCUAUCCCUUUUAUGUCUUUUGAUAUCGGUUCCGCCUCCGCAUCUUACGGCGGUUCUAUUACCACGUCGACAUCGUCCCUUCGUGGUCCAGCUUCAUUUGACGACGAAGAACCUCUUCUCGACGAGCUUGGCAUCCACCCUGAUCAAAUCUGGAGAAAAACUAAAUCAAUUUUAAAUCCAUUUCGUGUGAAUCCCACCGUCCAUAAAGACUCGGACCUUUCAGGCCCAAUUUUCCUCUACCUCUCUUUCUGUCUCUUUCAACUCCUGGCCGGAAAGCUCCAAUUCGGCGUUAUUCUUGGAUGGAUUGUGAUUUCUUCCAUCUUUUUGUAUGUCGUUUUUAAUAUGUUAGCCGGACGAAAUGGGAAUCUCGAUUUGCACACAUGUACUAGUGUGGUUGGUUACUGUAUGCUUCCUGUGGUGAUCCUAGCGGCGUUGUCCUUGUUUUUACCUCAGGGCGGGCUUGUACGACUGGUGGUGACCGCAGUUUUUGUUCUUUGGGCUACUAGGGCUGCAGCCAAUCUGAUGGUUUCGCUCGCUGACGGAGAAGAGGAACAUCGAGGACUGAUAGCGUAUGCCUGUUUCUUGAUUUACACUCUUUUUUCACUUCUUGUUAUAUUUUAAUUUCAUCUUAUAGUGAGUAAUUGAUUGGUGUUGAAUAAAACUGAGUUUUGUAUUGAAAGUAGGGAAUUCCUGGAAGUUGUAGCUAUAUAUGAAUCUCUUUUGAGAUGGUAUUGAAGUGAACUAUCUUUCCGGUAUUCAGAUAAAUCAACUUGCUAUUCUAAAAUA